UUGAUUUCUAGCUUAAUAGGCCCAGUUUCUUAAACCCUUCGUCUCUGUAACUUUUGCUUUCCAUGCCCUAAGAUCACAAAGAACUCUCUCUCAGUCUCUCUGCCUCUGUGCUCCUCCUUGGUGCUCUUCAGUAUCUCCAGAAAUGAAAAUUUUUCGAUUUGCUCUGAGAUCGCUCAACGAUAAUGUAUCACACCGUUGUCAUCAGCCACACAGUGUGAGAACUUUUUCCACAUAUGUACCACCAGGUAGUAGAAUGGAUGAUAAGCAGAAUUCUAAUUCCUUUGAAUCCACUGAUGAUUUUGAGGCGCGGAUUUUCAGUAAAACUCCUGUAGGGGAUUCCAGAACAGAUGCUUUUUACUCUAAACUUGAGCAGCUCGGGAAGACUAGUGAUAAAUAUGUUCCGAAUUUCCCUGGAGGAAAUGGAAGUGGUCUCAAUAUACUUGACGGCUUAAAUGAAAGUUUUGACACAUUGUCAGAUGGAAUGGAUAGAAAAUUGAAGAGAUCAGCCACUGACUUUCAAUUUGAUUGGGAAGAAGUUGAAAAAGAUGGAUAUACCUUCAGACCAGAUGCAAAUUAUUUUCAUGGCGAGACUUAUGAGCCUCAUGAGCUUGAUCUUACUAAGCCUGCAUAUCGUAAAUUUCCACAAAGGUAUGAGUUUGAAGUCACUACAAAGGAAGUUCUUCAAAAAGCUGAUUUCAGGAAUGUGAGGUUCGUUGCAAAUUUCAUAACUGAAGCUGGAGUUAUUAUUAAAAGAAGCCAGACAAAGAUUAGCGCCAAGGCCCAGAGAAAGAUUGCGAGAGAAAUUAAGACAGCUCGAGCUUUUGGUUUAAUGCCUUUCACAACUAUGGGGACGAAAUCAUUUACUUUUGGAAAGACUAUGGAAAAUCUUGAUGCAGACUUUCAAUAUGAUAGUUAUGAUAACCCUACAGCUGAUGAGGAUCUUGGAUACUAAAAGCUUACUGUUAGGGGCUGAAUCUGUAGAACAUGUAGUUGGGAUAGCAGCUACAAGCCGGCUCCUACCCUAUAAGAGCACACAAAAAAGUGUUGAUGGAAAAUAUGGUACUUGGUAAGCUGAAUCCCACUGUGCCUGUAACUCCAUGUUUCUGUUGUUAUGUAGGCUAUUCAGUUUUCAAUUCUAGUUUGGGAAUCCACAGCCAUUGCCAUUUUCAUGAGUAUGCCAAGCUCAUUAUAUUUUUUUUUUGGUUAUCUAGCAUAAAUCUGAAUAAGAGUAUAGCCAGUUUGCUGAACUAAGAUGAAUAAUAGUAAUGACAAAGCCAAAGGCCAUUUCUUGGA